AUGCCGGCGCUGUCGAUGUUUGAACGCAAAACGAAACCGGCGAGCGGUGUCUCGGUGGGCGACGUCCUGCGUCACAACGUGACGCUGCUGAUGGUGACGGGCGCGUGGCCUCCAGAGGGCAGCAGCUGGUGGCACCUGCUGUACCCCGCCUACACGGCCACCAUAUACUUCAGCAUGCUCGCCACCAUCGCCAUGGGGUUCCUCUUCGCGUACCAGUCGUGGGGCGACUGGGACAGCAUCAUGCUCACGUUCGUCAACACGUUCACUCUGAUCGGCGGCGCCGUCAAACUGGCGCACUUCUCCAGCCACGUCGGCGCCUACCGACGACUCGUCACCGCACUUCGUGACGUCAUCAGCGUGCAGUGGGCGCACUGCGAGCGCGACGGUGCCUUGAUGGCCAUCUUCACCGGCUCGCACCGUAAGGCCUUGUGGCUGACGUGGGCCCCCAUGGUGUACCUCAACAUCUUGGGGCCCGUCUGGUUCAUGAUGCCUGUCGUGGCCUGGGCAUCGGGCGUUCCCGGCCGGCAGUUCCCCUUCGCCAACGUGCGCGGAGUCGUCAAGACGAAUUUCCCGCUGUAUAUCGCCGUCUACUUCAUACAGUGCCACUCAGUUUUCUACUGGAACUUUUUAAGCUUCGGUCUGGAUAUAUUCUUCGUCACGUGCAUGAUAUAUAUAGCUGCACAGCUGCGUAUAGUGGGAGAGCGACUUUCGACUGUCGGCAGAGGAUCAAAAGUCGAGGAAAGUAGAGCUGUGUAUAACGAAAAGGCGCGACUGCAAAAAUUUGGAGCCAAAUCGUACAACUCAUCAGAGGCUGGUGGAGGGUCAGAAGAGAUGUACUCGGAAUUGGUGGACUGUGUCAAGGCUCAUCAGCACACUCUAAGCUUCCUGCACGUGCUGCAGGACGUGAUGAGCCCGGUGGCGAUGGCGCAGUUCGUGUGCAGCGCCACGGCUGCCUGCAUCACGCUCUUUCAGGCCACGUUCGGAGCGUCGCUCUCAGUGUCUGCGUACAGCUGUGCGUGGAUCGGGGCGAGCCGGCGUGUGACGACAGCGCUGCACAUUCUCAUGUGCAGGGCGCAGAAGCCGCUCAUACUCACCGCUGGGAAGCUCUACCCGGUCAACCGGGACACAUUCGUUUCUGAAGGUCUUUGGUAUCACCAGAUCGGACACGCCUGUUAUCCUUUCAGUUCAUUAGAGGUACAGUACACGAGGGCUGCCACGGACGAGCUGGUGACAGGUGGGGACGGUGAUGAGCACUGUAAGCUAAAGUCUGAUGACAGGACAAUGACUGAUGAGUCAUUAUAUGAAGAUGAUCUGGUGCCUACUGAAAUUAACAUCAGUUCCAACAUAAUGCCAGAGUAG